UCCGCUAAUGAUUCCGCUUUUGUUCCGCUCGUAUAGCUUUUCCGGCUGUGAGAUUGUUUGUCGUGGUAAAUUAUAUUUUUAAACACAUUAUUAUCUAAGAGUAGCCAAGCUGUCGUCGAAAAACGACUUAGAUAUGAGUCUCCCAACAGAUUUUGGACCCGAUUCCGGCGGGAGAGUAAAGGGUUUAACGAUAGUAAAGCCUAUAGUUUACGGCAAUGUAGCCAGAUAUUUUGGCAAGAAACGCGAAGAAGACGGGCACACGCAUCAAUGGACUGUUUAUGUGAAACCGUAUGCGAACGAGGAUAUGUCGGCUUAUGUGAAGAAGGUGCAUUUCAAAUUGCACGAGAGUUAUGCCAACCCCAACCGGAUAAUCACGAAACCGCCGUACGAGCUCACUGAGACUGGUUGGGGAGAAUUUGAGAUAGUCAUCAAGAUAUACUUUCAUGAUCCAAACGAAAGGCCGGUAACCCUAUACCACAUCCUGAAGCUGUUCCAGUCCCCGGUGUCCGAGGGCGCGCCCCCGACGGUGGGCCGCGCGCUCGUCAGCGAAUCCUACGAGGAAAUCGUUUUCCAGGAGCCCACGCAGCUGAUGCAGCAUCUGCUUAAUAAUGUGAAGCCAAUCACAAAUGGACAGUGGACACAUGAUACUGACUUUGAAGAUAAGAAAGAGAAGACUUUAGAAAAGAUCAUUGCAGCUCAAACCAAAGUGCGCAGUGAGAUCACCGAGCUCAAGGAAAAACUACACCUCGCAAAGGAAACAAUCACAAAGUUUAAAGAAGAAAUCGCCAAGAUCCAGAACAGUGACAAGUCCGGUUUGCCCGGGUUAUAGAGAUAGGACUUGUCGUGUGCCAACUGCGUUUGCCACCAGAAAAGUAGCAGUAGCCAAUUAGACGGCUCGGAUUAAACCAACCAGUAUGGUACUAAAUUAAGCUCAUUGUAGAUGCUUGGACAGUUUAGACGAAACCAGUUAGUGUGGUGUGAUGCAAUCGCUCAAAUAGUAAGAGACUUUUUGCAUUAAACAAUAUAUAUCGCAGAACUUUGAAUAUCAAUAGAGAAGUGUCAAAGAUAUGUGUGAUAGUUUGGUCCGAAUGAAGAGGUUUUUCUGUUUUUUUGCCCAAGACUAGCAAGGCUUCUUUAUUAUUCAUAAUGCUGUGACUUACUUAGAUUAGGACAAUAUAGACUCCAUGCAUGCUUAUGAAAAUUACUGUGACUUCUCCUUCUAAUAUAUUUAUUAGUCUGUUAGCUUAAAGCUUAAACUAUAGCAGCAACAACUUUUGUAUAAUAUAUUUAUUUCUCAAUCUCAUCAAUACAGAGUGGUGUCAAACGCAAAACCUCCGUAAGACUACUUGGGUACAUCAAACGAAGCAAGUUUUAUUCUACGACUAUUCGUGAUUCGUAGUUCUUUUUUUCAUAUAAAAAAAUACAAUCUAAUUUGCAAUUCUACACAUCUUAACUUUAUGCAAUAGCCAAGUAACACGAGACAGUACAGUAGUGGAAUUGAACAUAGAGUUAAGGUUUUAUAGAAAUGACUUUAAAACUAAAAAAAGGAGUAUAUUUGUAUUAUGUUUAGACAAAAGUCGUACAACAAAAGAUGUUAGACUCUAUAUACCUUAUGCGUCUUUGGAAGAUUAUGCGUUAGAUACCAGUAACCCUGUAUAUGUACCAAUCAAUAGUACGAGUAGAGUAGUAGAAUUGUGCUCAAACUCAUUUGUUUAUACCAUUUUAAAUUUAGAUGUAAGGAAGAUUUGAUCUGUGCCUUGGGCUGUGAGGCGGUAUAUUAAGUCGUGUUCAUAUGGUGAAGUGGUGGUGGUCCAGUUGAGUCGCUUGUGAUCGAAUGGUCCCAGGUUCGAAUCCUACUCGUACUACAUUGUAUACCAAUCCGACUCAUGUGUUAUUGUUUUCAUAGACCACCACUUGCUUCCGGUGAAGGAAAACAUCGCGAGGAAACCUGCACACUGGCAGAUUGUUAAGUUCACUAGUAUAUGUGUCUACUGCCACUAGACGGCGGUUAAAUUCAUGUCAGAUGCCUUUAGGCAAUUUGAGUAAAAUCUGAAUCCAGUGUUAGCUAAAACACUGGAUAAGGGAAACAUAUGAUGAGGCGAUAUCAUAAGAGUUUCAAAUUUUCAAAGAAUAUGAAACUUGCAUAAAAGUUUAUGAUAAAAUGUUGAUGGAACUCCAAAUCCAGACUGAAUAAUUGGUUUAUAAGGCUAUGUAACUUAUAUUCUUAGUGGUUGAAAUUGGCAUUAUAUAAAGCCUUCUUAAAUGUGAAUAUCAUACACGAAAUUAGAGACGAGCGCCUUCAUAGGACGAAAGUUUCGUUCAACACGUGCAGUUCUAGGAAGUGACUGACAUAAGAAUUAUUAGUUAUUGUAAGUAGUUGUGUAUGUAUAUUCUCGUUCAUGUUUUUGUCGAGGGUUGCGAUCCACUAUACUUUAGAUCGCUUCACUGAUUUAUGAAGUAAGUUUAUAUUAUACCAACAUGUACCUAUUUAAGUUAUUAAAGAAUUUUUUACUUCA